AUGAAGAACUGCCGAAACUUCGCGCAAACAGGGCACUGUCCACGCGGAGAAAACUGCCCAGAUCCCCACAGGAGAGAUACUGUGAUAGAGAAGGAAAUGUGCUCUCUCUGCUGCAAAUCCGCCCAGUGCGUGACCGUUUGCAGGCACUUUUUCUGCUACGAGUGCGCCAGAGGCUUCAUAGAGCAGUCGACAAAGUGCAUUAUCUGCUCAGAGGAAACGAACGGAGUCGUCUUCAUCACCGUAAAAGAAGCCUGCGUCCCAGAAACUCACUCAUAG